UUCCGGAAGUUGGACGUGGAGAGGGGAAAAUAUUGCAACAGAAAAUAAAUUUUCCAGAAAGUGUUUGUUACUCGUAUGAGAAGCGCUUUCAACAAGGAAAUUUCCACUUAUUUAUUGGAGUGUAUGUCCAAGAAUAUUCUGUAAACUAUGAAGACUUCGUAGUGAUUCAGAUAUCGUGAAAAUUCCACUGAAAAGGAGGGACAUAUGGUUUUCUCAUAAAAGAGAAAAUCCUGGUUGCAGCUGUUUAUUUAUUUUUUUCUUUGUAAAUUAACUGGUAAAACUUAAAGCAGGAAAAUGGUUUUAGCAGAUUUAGGAAGGAAAAUUACAUCCGCCCUGCGGUCUCUGGGCAAUGCCACCAUCAUUAAUGAAGAGGUACUAAAUGAGAUGCUGAAAGAAAUUUGCAAAGCAUUAAUAGAAGCGGAUGUAAAUAUCAAACUUGUCAAGACUCUGAGAGAAAAUGUCAGGUCUGUCAUUGACUUUGAUGAAAUGGCUGGUGGUUUGAACAAGAGAAGAAUGAUACAGUCAGCUGUUUUCAAAGAACUGGUCAAACUGAUUGAUCCUGGUGUUAAAGCCUGGACACCCACCAAAGGAAAAAACAAUGUCAUCAUGUUUGUUGGACUUCAGGGGAGUGGUAAAACAACCACAUGUACUAAACUUGCGUAUUAUUACCAAAAGAAAGGAUGGAAAACAUGCUUAAUUUGUGCUGACACUUUCCGUGCAGGAGCUUUUGAUCAGCUGAAACAGAAUGCCACCAAAGCAAGAAUUCCCUUCUAUGGAAGUUACACAGAAAUAGAUCCUGUGUUGAUAGCACAGGAGGGGGUAGAGAAGUUCCGAUCGGAGAAUUUCGAGAUUAUCAUUGUGGAUACGAGUGGUCGUCACAAACAGGAAGAUUCGCUGUUCGAGGAAAUGUUACAAGUCAAUAACGUCACUAAUCCAGACAACAUUGUGUUUGUGAUGGAUGCUUCAAUUGGUCAAGCAUGUGAGGCACAGGCCAAAGCCUUCAAAGACAAAGUAGAUGUUGGUUCUGUCAUUAUAACCAAAUUGGAUGGCCAUGCCAAGGGAGGAGGAGCACUCAGUGCGGUGGCAGCCACAAAGAGUCCUGUGAUAUUUAUAGGAACAGGAGAACACAUUGACGAUUUCGAACCUUUCAAAGUUCAACCUUUUGUCAGCAAAUUGUUAGGUCAGUUCACACUACGAGACAUGUAUGAACAGUUCCAGAACAUCAUUUUUAGUCAGAUCAUGGGCAUGAUUCCUGGAUUCAGCUCAGACUUCUUGACCAAAGGAGGAGAACAGGAGUCCAUGGCUCGUCUAAAGAAACUCAUGACCAUUAUGGACAGUAUGAAUGACAAAGAGUUGGAUAGUUUGGAUGGGGAGAGGUUGUUUACCAGACAGACUGGACGUAUACAGAGGGUAGCCAGGGGAGCUGGGGUGUCCAUAAGGGAGGUCAACGAGUUACUGACCCAGUACAAGAAGUUUGCUCAGAUGGUGAAGAAAAUGGGAGGCAUCAAAGGACUCUUUAAAGGUGGGGACAUGAGUAAGAAUGUGAAUCCCUCUCAGAUGGCCAAACUGAAUCAACAGAUGGCAAAAAUGAUGGAUCCCAGAGUUCUACAGCAAAUGGGAGGAAUGCAGGGACUCCAGGGCAUGAUGAGACAGUUCCAGCAGGGAGCUGCAGGAAAGUUUGGGAACAUGUUUGGAAACAUGGACAGAUAACACAUGGGGGGAUUGUGAACAGAGAAAUCAGUGGACUCCGAUUUUCCCCGUUGAUUGUGCCGUGUUUUAAGUCAUCGAGUCUCUUGUUGUCACACAUCAUGGAUGAAAAUUGUUAAAUGAAGAUACAAUCCUUAUUUCAUGAACUUCAACAUGUUUAUCAUGUGCCAUUCUCAUUUCGUGCAUAUAUUUAAUGUGAAUAUUUUAAUGAAGUACAUGUAUGAAAUAUGUUGAAAUGUUCUUUUGCAAUGUGUACUGGAUGUACAAUGUGCAUGUACAUGUAAUUUUAUGAAGACUGGAUUUUACAUUUGUGUAAUUGUAAUAAAUGUUUUGUGAUAACGAAACCAUUGAUUUCAACAUGGUGCAUUUACAUAUUCAUGUAUCUUGUAGGUAACUGGUUUGAUUUGUAAAUUUAAAUUUGUCUAAUGUUCUCAUUGUUAACAAAGACCCAGUUGAGAUAAAUGAACUUUCAUAUGA